GCUUCCACCACCAUUUUAUAUUCCUACAUACACACCAAAUGCAUGCAAGCUCAGCUAUAACACUCACACAGCCAAUGGCCUCACCACUCUCCUAUUCCUACUUCUCCCUCAUCUUCUUCCUUCUAAUCUCUUUGCUCGGUACCUCGUCGUCGGCAUCGUCUUCUACUAGUUCUCAUCGAUUGUUGACUCCUGAGAGAGCUAACGCUGACAGGUUCAAGCAAUGGCUGGCUUGGAAUGUCAAAAACCACCGCCAAAAGAGCGCUUUGAGGUCAGAGCUUGCAGCGGCUCAAUUAGCCCCGAACACGACCUGGGGAGCUCUUGACUGGCAGCUCAGGAAAGCCGAGGAAAACACGGUUGAAGUGACGGUGAGCCAAGAUGGUACCGGAGAUUAUAAGUCCGUCAAAGAGGCCCUUGAUACGAUCCCCCUUUUCAACACGAGGAGAGUGAUAGUCAAGAUCAAGCCCGGGGUCUACUGGGAAAAGAUCAGCAUCCCUAGAGCUCUCCCCUUUGUGACAUUUUUUGGGGACGCUUCCGACCCACCAACCAUCACCGGGAACGACACCGCAUCAGUCACGGGAAGCGGCGGCACACCGCUAAGGACAUUCCAGAGUGCGACAGUCGUAGUGGACGCCAAUUAUUUUGUGGCCAUCAACAUUAGGUUUGAGAAUACCGCUCCGCACGAGGUUGGAUUCAGAGGGCAACAGGCGGUGGCUCUACGCGUAUCGGGCAACAAGGCCGCAUUCUACAACUGCAGCUUCAUUGGGUCACAGGACACACUCUAUGACCACAAGGGCCUCCACUAUUUCAACCACUGCUUCAUCCAAGGCUCUGUUGAUUUCAUUUUCGGGUACGGGAGGUCACUAUAUGAGGAUGAUACAGAACUGUUAUUUGAACUCUGUUGCAAAGAAGGUGGCCUCUGUGACGGCACAGAAACGUACAGAAUCGUCAAUGGCAAGCGGGUUCUCCUUCAAGAACAGCACCGUGACAGGUACUGGACUCAUCUACCUCGGAAGGGCUUGGGGAGACUAUUCGAGGGUCGUCUUCUCGUACACUUUCAUGGACAAGCUCGUCCUUCCCCAGGGUUGGAGCGAUUGGGGCAAGCCCAAGCGCGACCCCAGAAGAGUGUACUAUGGAGAAUACAACUGCAGGGGGCCCGGAGCUAACACGACAGGAAGAGUGGCAUGGGCAAGGAUUCUAUCUGAUGAAGAAGCUCAGCCCUUCCUCGGAACCUACUACAUCGACGGAGACUCUUGGCUUUUAAGCCCUUAAAAUCGAACCUCAACUAUAAUGUAACAACAACAUAAGGCCUGUCAAUUCAUGUGUUGUGGUAAAUCGUCUGAAUAAAUUAUCCGCAAAUUGAUGUCGUCGAUUAAGAUCUUU